CAAAAAAAAACCCCAAAAGUGGUACUCAAUUGCCUUUUUCAUCGGAGUUUUACUAUUGCUGCUACUAUCAUACACUCCAAUUGCAAUACGGAAAAGUAGCGGUACCGGAAAAUGUGUUCCACUAAACAAAAACAGAAGCAGAACCUCCACAAUCAGCGCUCCGUCGUGCCUACCUCUACCUCCGCCUCAGGCGGUGACGGUGGCGGUGGUGGGGACUGGAGGGAAGAAUCCAUAACCGGCGGAUCACUUAAGCAUGUGGAUUUGGACAAGGGCAAAAACGGUUGGGCAUCACCACCGGGAGACCUAUUCAAUCUGCGAGGGCCACACUACUUGACGAAAAAGGCGAAAGUACCUUCUGGCGCGUGGCUUCUACAGCCUGCCGGAGUGGAUUGGCUCCGAUCUAACUCCAAGCUCGACCACGUCCUGGCUCGACACGACAACCGUGUGAUGAACGCGCUGAAGAAAUCUCACUCUGAAGGAAAGUCUCUGAAAACCUUCAUAGUCGCCGUGAAUCUCCAAGUCCCAGGGCGUGACCAACACAGCGCUGUUUUCUACUUCGCUACAAACGACGAUGAGCCGCUCGAACCGGGUUCUCUCCUCUAUCGGUUCGUCAACGGCGAUGAUGCGUAUCGUAACAGCAGAUUUAAGAUCGUUAACCGGAUCGUGAAAGGACCGUGGAUCGUGAAAGCCGCGGUCGGGAAUUACUCAGCUUGUAUACUCGGUAAAGCGUUGAAUUGCUACUAUCAUAGAGGCCCUAAUUACUUAGAAAUCGACGUGGAUAUCGGUAGCUCAGCGAUUGCUAGCGCUAUUUUGCACUUGGCGUUAGGUUCGGUAACGUCGGUGACGAUCGAUAUGGGUUUUCUGGUUGAGUCACAGACGGAGGAAGAGUUGCCGGAAAAGUUAUUUGGGGCAGUUAGGAUUUGUCAAAUGGAGAUGAGCUCUGCUACGUUUAUUGAUACGACGUCGUCAAGGAAGGUAUUACCGACUGCUAAUUUACAUAAUCCUUGCAAUAGUAGCAAAGUCCAAGCUGAGGAGAACGGUGAGAACAAAGAUGAUUAAGAAGAAAUUAAAACAAAAUUACUUCAUAUUAUUCUUAGGGGAAAAAAAUUGUUGGUGCAAUCCAUGUAGAUAGAUGUCUAAGCUUAAGCUUUCAUUGUUCAAUAAAAAGUUCAUCUCUUACUUUUCUUAACUAUCAUUUAAGUUACUUAUAAUUUACUAAUUUUGAUUAAUACUAUUGAUUAGAAAAUUAGGCAGCUCCAUAGAUAUAAUUUCUUAUGUAUAUAUAUAUAUGAGAAGAUUUUAGGUGAUAAGAUAAUGCUAUUUUAUAUGGUGAUAAGGUAAUAAAAUACCAAAAAAAAAUUAAAAAUGGGUAUAGCAUGACUCAUUUUUGGAUUUGUCUUUGUAUUGCAAUUAUUGAGUGAUUAACUAACAAAUACUGGCGUUGCUUGUGCCGGCGUAUAUGGAUUU